GAAGCAUGAAAAGAAAGGGUCAAUGUUAUUCGACCUCGUCACCAGUUCAACCUGUAACCGGUAUUGUGACAGGUGCCCGCUGUGUAAAUGGACUGAAAUCAACCUCGUUGCCGUUAUGCCCCCUAACGAAACACAGGCCAGUGUCUGUGCGUAGAUGUACCAAUGAAUGAUAGCUCGGCAUCAAGGCAGGGCACCAACAAAGACAACAAAGAACUAAACUACAGGCUAUCCGAUGAUGAUUGGCUAUGAAUGCAUUGCCAUCAGCACAACCAUAGAUCUCAUUACACCGUCCAGAAAGAAACAGGAUGAGAAGAAAAAUGGUCAAAUGCAUUUAGUGCCCGAGGCUUCACUGUUGAGAAUACCAGCUGAAGUUUUGGGGAGUGAAAAAGGACCAGUGAAGCAGUAUUCGCGAAUAACAGCACGACUUGCAGAACCAGGAGGCCUAGUGAAGUUGGGGACAGGAGAAUUCCAGAAUUAUGAUAUUAUAGCGGUGGAGCCCACCAAUGAAAAAAUGUUCAUGCGAGCCUGUAAUGUUUUAGAUGUCGACAUCAUCACUUUCAAUCUUGCUGAACACCAGCCAUUCUGGCUGAAAAGGGCCCAGAUGAGUGCAGCCAUAAAGAGAGGUGUCUUCUUCGAGAUAUGCUACUCGCACUCAAUUUCAGACUACGCUGAGAAACGUCAGCGGUUCAUAUCCAAUGCCAUAGAACUGGUUGACCUGUGCAAGGGAAAGAAUAUAAUUCUAUCCAGUGGAUGCAAAAAGGCGAUGAAUCUACGCUCACCUGAUGAUGUCCUAGCUAUGAAACAUCUUCUCAACAUGACGGAAAAACAAGCGUGCGCCACAUUGACGACCAACUGCCGGUCCGUGAUCUUACGUGGGCAGUCGAGACAGUUUGCCAAGUCGACCAUAUCCAUGAUCCCUCUGAAGGACCUCAGUGAAAAGGACCAAUGGAUGGUGGCCGCCUGUAAGAAUUACCGGAGCAAAAAGAAACGGAAAACACAAGAGAGUGACGCGUCAUUAUCGAAAGUGAAAAAACAAAAGAUCACAUGAUUCAUACUAUCGUAUCAAUUGCCCAGAUUUGGGUGUCCAAAUUUUAUGUGUACGACUCAGUUGAGAAUUGUUUCAAUAAAUUUAUUGUUUGUUAAAA